AUGGGCUACGGCAAGAGGCUGUGGUGGGUGGUCGCGGCUGCUGCCGUCAUCAUGUUAAUAACUAUUCCAGCCAUAUAUUUAAACAGAAGUGCUCCCAAAAGGCUGUUUUCCAUUGACGACUACUUCAAUGACUCUAUUAGGUGGAAGUCCUACAGCAUGCAUUGGAUAUCAGAUAAGGAGUAUUUGCACAGAUCCAGCGAUGGGAACUACAUGUGCUACAAUCUAGACACGAACGAGGAGUCCCUUUAUAUCAGCAAUUUAACAUUUGCCCAAGUAGACGCCACUGAUUACAUGUUGUCUGGUGACUAUAACUAUGUAGCUCUUGAGAGUAACUAUACAAAGAACUGGAGACAUUCUUACUCAGCCUCGUACACCAUAUUCAACAGGAAAACAAACUCAUUUGUUUCCCCGGUGAAUCUCCCCACUCUUGUCCAGUACUUCUUCUGGGGUCCAGUGGGCAGCCAACAUGCCUACGUUUCAGAUUUCAACGUGUUUCUAAAAUCAGACGUAAAUGCUGAGGCUGUUCAAGUAACAAACAACGGAAAAGAAAACGAGAUCUCCAAUGGGAUUCCUGACUGGACAUAUGAGGAGGAGGUGCUUGCAUCUAACGGGGCCUUGUGGUGGUCGACCAACGGCUUGCAUUUGGCCUACGCAGAGUUCAAUGACUCAAAGGUCCACAGGAUCGAGUACACCUGGUAUGGGAGCGAGCAGUAUCCCGAGACUGUGGCCAUUCCCUAUCCAAAAGCGGGCUCCACUCUGCCAAAGGUGCGUCUGUACGUAGUGGACACUUCAGAUCCGUCCCGUCGCUCUGAGCUCGUGGCCCCAGCCUCGGUGUCCUCCACAGAUCACAUUUUGGGCUCAGUGACCUGGGCGACAGACCGGCGAGUGGCGGUGCAGUGGAUCACCCGCAAACAAAACUAUGUGAUCGUACAGUUCUAUGAGUUGGAUGGGAGCAGCUGGCUGGAAAAACAGAAAUUUGAACAAACAAGCACCACCGGCUGGGUCGGCCACUAUGUUCCUCUUCCUCUCUUCUUUGCCGAAGACAAGAUGAGUUUUUACAAAGUGAUGAGUGACAGCAGAGGAUACAAACACAUUCAUUACGUGAAAGAUGGCAGAGCCACGCCCAUCACCUCUGGAGAGUGGGAGGUGAUCUAUAUCAGCAAAUUAACCAAAGAAGCCAUAUAUUUUGUGAGUAAUCAGUAUGAAGGCAUACCAGUCAAGAGGAAUCUAUAUAGGAUCAGGAUUGGCCCUUCACACUCGGCCCCGGAGUGUCUCAGCUGUGACUCACACACAGAGCGCUGUCAGUACAACUCAGCCUACUUCAGCUAUGAGGCGUCGUACUACAGACUGGACUGCACCGGACCGGGGCUGCCGCUGUACACUCUAGUGGACAACAGAGGACCAGCUGUGGAGCUCUCUGUUCUUGAAGACAACAAAGAGCUGGAAAAUGUCCUUUCAGAGAUCCAAAUGCCAACCAUUAAGUAUGGCACAUUCAACGUUGCUGGAUUUGACCUUUGGUAUCAAAUGAUACUACCACCAAAUUUUAAGAAGUCCAAAAAAUAUCCCCUUCUUGUUGACGUGUACGGAGGCCCCUGCAGUCAGACUGUGUCCUAUCGGUUCAAACUGAGCUGGGCAACAUACCUCUCCAGCUCUCUGGACGUCAUCUACGCCAGCUUUGACGGCCGAGGCAGCGGUUACCAAGGAGACCAGAUCCUGCACUCCAUCUACCAUCGGCUCGGGACCUAUGAAGUGGAGGACCAGCUCUUUGCAAUCCAGAAGUUCAUUGACAUGGGUUUUGUGGACAAAGACAGAGUGGCCAUGUGGGGCUGGUCUUACGGAGGUUACGUGACUGCGAUGGCUUUGGGCUCCGGCAGUGGCCUGCUCAAGUGUGGCAUCUCUGUGGCUCCGGUGGCGGAAUGGGAAUAUUAUGACGCGGUGUACACAGAGCGCUACAUGGGCACUCCCAAAGAAAACCCUGACGCUUACAGAAACGGCAGCGUGAUCCGGAGAGCCAAAAACUUCAAGAAAGUGGACUUCCUGUUGAUCCACGGCACUGCGGAUGACAAUGUCCACUUCCAGCAGGCCGCACAGAUCUCCAAGGCUCUGGUCAAUGAAGAAGUGGACUUUGAAACCAUGUGGUACACUGACAAGAACCACUCGCUGCGGGGGUCGGCGUACCACCACGUUUACACUCUGAUGAGCCACUUUCUGAAAAAAUGCUUUGAUCUGACCUGUAAGCCUGCCUUGGCCUCGGGGUCAGCCACUUUGAAAGACUCCAUGCACUUCUCUGCUCAUACCAGUCAAACAUGGGAACUGGACCGAAUCGGGCUGAUUAAUGGAUCGAGAGUAACGGAGGACGUGUGUGACAAGAGGCGGUCACCUGGGAUGUCCGCGCGCUGCUGUUAUAAAAGUCCCACAGACCAUGAACGCACCACGAGACCAACAGCAGAGACUGAGGAGACAGCACUGUACAGGGGAGACAAGUGCAGUUGGCAGAGACCAGACUCCGAUGCAGAGCAAAACUCCAUGCUUUUAGCAGGAAACUCAGAACCAAUGGAGGCCCCCAGCGUGAAGAGGCAUUCAGAGGGAACCUUCUCCAACGACUACAGUAAAUAUCUGGAGACGAGACGAGCGCAAGACUUUGUCCAGUGGCUCAAGAACUCCAAGAGGAACGGCUUAUUCAGACGCCACGCAGACGGCACAUUCACCAGCGACGUGAGCUCGUACCUCCAGGACCAGGCAGCCAAAGAGUUUGUGUCCUGGCUGAAGACAGGCCGGGGCAGACGGGAGUAG